AAACUGAAAAGUGCGAACCUGUUAAGUUAUCAUUCUUUUCAAAAGCUUGGACCUUGCGGUGUCAUGCGUUGUUGGUGGUUUCAUCUCGUACUCGCAUAUAUAACCCAAUUCAAUAUUACAUCCGCUCUUUUCUUCGUCUUCUUUCCCGAAUUUUCAGUAUUUUCUCUGCAUUUUACCAAAAUUACAAACACAGAUUCAGAUCUGAUCAUCGGGAGAAAUUUGAAUACAGCUAAAAAUGGCGGGGGUGUCAGCUCUUGCCAAAUACAAAUUGGUAUUUUUGGGAGAUCAAUCCGUCGGCAAAACCAGCAUCAUCACCAGAUUCAUGUAUGACAAAUUCGAUACCACAUAUCAGGCUACAAUUGGCAUUGAUUUCUUGUCAAAAACAAUGUACCUUGAAGAUAGAACAGUUCGGUUACAGCUUUGGGAUACUGCUGGGCAAGAGAGAUUUAGGAGUUUGAUUCCAAGCUAUAUAAGAGAUUCAUCAGUUGCAGUAAUCGUCUAUGAUGUUGCCAAUCGGCAGUCGUUCUUGAACACUGCAAAAUGGAUAGAAGAGGUACGCACUGAACGAGGCACCGAGGUCAUUAUAGUCCUUGUUGGCAACAAAACCGAUCUUGUUGACAAAAGGCAGGUUUCAAUUGAGGAAGGAGAUGCCAAAGCUCGUGAGCUUGGAGUAAUGUUUAUAGAAACCAGUGCCAAAGCCGGAUUUAACAUCAAGCCUUUAUUUCGGAAGAUUGCUGCAGCCUUACCAGGAAUGGAUAAUCUUUCAUCCACAAAACAGGAGGAUAUGGUCGAUGUCAAUUUGAAAUCUUCCAAUAAUGCGUCCCAUUCCGAUCAGCAAGGUGGAGGCUGUGCGUGCUAGAUCCCCACUGCAAAUUACGUUUAUAGCCCCCCUGUAUUUGCUCAAACACAUGAAAUAUUUUUCCAAGCCAAAAAUGCUUUUUAAUUCUAAUGCUUUAGCAGUCAA